AUGAACUCUAAUAAAAGUGUUUUUUGGGGAUUCAUCUCAUUAAGUGUUGCAGGCUUUGGUGCAUGGUAUAUUGAACGUACAAAAUAUAUGGAAGAAAAGAAAAAGAAAAUUGAAGAAGUAGCUGUUGCAAGACAAAAAUACAGUAACCAAAAUAAUAUUACCCAAGACGAAGGCGAAGCUUCUUAUAAACCCUAUGAUGAAACAAACAGAAAAAGAGAAAACAAUACCAAUAAGUAG